AUGUCCACUCCUCGGCGCAUGAGGCUCGCAGCUGGGAAUGGAAUCGUCGAGAUGACCUCUGGUCAUCUCAGAAUCGCGAUCACGCCAGUGAUGAGCCUUGCUUUCCUGUCCUCUGCUGUGCCUCUGGUUGUAGAACGGAACGGACAAGAAAUACCAGCCCACGAGAGACACACCAACCACGCUACCGUACCACUCCUCCUCCUCCUCAACUUUUACCACACCACCACCACGACGACCAUCUCGACAUCUUCCUCCGCCACCUUCCUCUCCACCCUCUCUCCGCGCUGGCCGCUCUCCGCGCAUUCACCCGUUGACUGCGCGCUAUCUACUACCCGCGCACCGCCCGCGAACACCCACGCUGGGCCAAACUUUGGGAAACACUUUUCGAAGCCCAACAUUAGCAGCGAAUAUCCCUGCUUCACCGCAUUACGACAGAAAGUAACGACCUACAUCGCCCGACCGCGGACAACACCGCUGGCCAUCCACCUCCCGCGCGUGAAACCCAUCGCCGAGGUCACCAUGUCCUACAAUCACCGUCCACUGUCGCCGGGUGGCAGGCGUAUCGCCAAUCCCAAUCGCUUAUCCGACAAUUCGCUGGACCCUAAUUAUUACACUUCACGACACAGCACCUACGCCUCGCCGAGAGCCAGCACUGGUGUGAUUCCGAUCUCCACGCAGACAUUCAUCAACGUACCGCCUCCACAGGCCGCCCGACCGGUCUCGACAUACGACUCAUACUCCGGCCGACCGCGACGCUCCUCACUUGUCGACGGUCAGCGUGGAACCACUACCACCACCACUCAUCUGCCGUCCCGCACCCGACCAAAUAUCGUCCAAACCGAGGUCAUCCGCCCGGCGAGUCCUGUGAAGACUUCACGAGAAAAGGACUACUACAUCACACCUGCGAUUUCUCAAGAGCCUGCGCGAACGGUGACCCACAAAAAACUCUACAGUGUGGACGACAACGGUGCGAGGCUGGUCGCCGACGUGAACCUGCCUGUGCCCGCCGGUGGAGAGAGAAAUCACAAGCGGAGAAACAGUGUGGACCGUAGUGGUUAUCGCUCGAGUGGUGUGUCGGAAAGAGAGCGUGAUCGAGGACGACGAGGAUACCACGCCAAUGGCACAAGCAACAAGCCAAGAGACACGAGCAUUGACGACGAAGACGCAUACUCCUACACAGACCCUGCAAGCAUGUAUCGUGAUACUGAGCCAAGAUGGAGAGAACCCCGCCUAAGGCGCGGCAGCGUGGAUCGCAAUGGCGGCACUUCUAGGGAACGCCCCGUGAGUGUCCUCGAUCCCACCUUCGGCAUUCGGCCUGCUGCCAAGGAAGUCGGUCCACCUCCAAGCACGCGAGGAUGGGACAAGAUCAAUGACAAUUUGGGCCGCACGAGAAGCGUUAGGGACGAGCCUCGACAGGUCGCGCAAUCGCCGACCCGCGGAAGAGGCUAUGCGGACCCCGUGUAUCUGGACCCAAAGGCAGGAUAUCACGCACCAGCGCGAGCAACCUCGAGCGACCGGCGUACUACUGUGCAUCAAUACGAUUACAGCGGAGCAGAUGAUCGGGAAUCGAGACGGGAGAGGAGACCUAGUGUGACAAGAGACGCUCGUCUGGAUCAGAGUGUGGAGCGGCGAGGCUUUGGCAUCAGGCCGGAGGUGAGACACCAGCGGCCCGAGAGUCAGGUCCGAUACGCAGGGGACGGCAGAGGCAGCGACGAACCUUUCGAAGCCCAGAAAUACCGGGACUCUGGCUAUGGCGAUCCACAUCGGAGGGAUACUGCUCCGGAGUUGUAUCCUCAUGAUAUGCGGAGACUAGAACAAGAGAAGAAGGAUCGAGAGCUUGCGGGCAGGGUACAAGCUGAUGAGCGAGAUCGACAUCGCGAGAGGGAUCUUCAAAGAGAGGUCCGCGAGAAAGAAUCUCGACGACGCGAUGAGGAUCGAGGCCAUGAUCGCGACCAGGAUCGAAAGAAGGAUCGUGAAGUGGAUCAAGAUCGGGAAAGGGAAAGGGAACGAGCUCGGCAGAUGGAGCCUCCCGCUGAGCGAGACCGCGAUCGACAUCGUCGGGACACUGAUCGCGACCGAGAUCAUGCUCGAAAGGAGAACAGCCCACGGCAGAGCACUGAGCAGAUCUCGAAGCCCAGUUUAUCGCAAGCAGCGACUGGCGGUCUAGCGGGAGCCGCUGCUGCCUUUGGGCUGACAGGUCUCUUGAACAAGGUGGCCGACAAGCGAGACAAGGACAAGGACCGUGACCGAGAUGACCCAGAUCGAGACCGUGAUCGCAACGAAAAGGACAGAGAGCGAGGAGAGCGUCGCGAUAAAGAUGGACGAAGCGAGCGCCGCGAAAAGGAAGAGCGAAGUGACCGACGCAAUGGAGAUGAUCGCCGCAACGGUGAGGAGCGAGACUUCCCUCCGCGAGAACGGCGGUCAGGCAAGGCCGCUAGCGACGAAGAGCUCCGCGAACGUGAAUCCGAGCGUGACCGAUAUCGCGAUCCGGAUCGUAGCCUCGGAUUUGCAUUUGAGAAUGCUGGCGAGCCGCCGAGGAGUGCUCCACCGGUCAGCAAUCCGGACUGGAAACCCGAUAAUAUGAAGGAAGACAGGUCGGAGAAGUCGUUUCCACCCCAAGAACGUAGCUUCGAUAACGGGCUAGAAACGCAACCUCCGGAACGAGUGCCUGACAGAGGGCAGCGAGACCACCAGCGCGAGCAGGAAAACAAGCCGGCUGAGGUUCCUGCUUCGACGAUUGACGCCGACGAAGACUACCGUCGUCGUAUGGAGCAAGUUCAGCGAGAGCUGGGUGUCUCGAGAGACCACGGCCGUGGCUCUGAUGACCAACGCGGCUCUGAUUCGGAUCCUGAUAGGGCACGGAGACGUCGCGAACGAGAGCAGCGUCACAGAGCUCGUGAAAGUCGUGGCUCGCCUUCGACUGCAGCUGUUGCGAACUCCAUGUUUAACGAGACCCCUCCGCCGUCAGCUUUGCGGAAUAGCUUUGACAGAGACGACCAAUCGACAGUCACUGCUAGCAGCACUGUCACAUCCUCCCUACCGUCCGAACUCCGCAGGAGGCCGAGCAUUCUGGACAUGCCGAUGAUGGAUGAGCCGUUCCAGAUCAUCGAUAACAGCGAGAGCUCGAAGCGUGAGAACCGAGUUCGCAUCGUUGACCCACCCACGGAAGAAGAAGAGAGGAGACCGAAAGGGAUCUUGAAAAAGCCUACGGCGAAGUUUCCUGAGAAUUCGGAUAACAUACGUGAGGGCGUGGCGCCAUUGAAAGACGCCACCAAGAAAGGAAUCCCACCCGGUGCCCGCUGGACAAAGAUUGACCGUCGCCUCGUCAACCCGGAAGCUCUUGAAGCCGCACAGGAACGAUUUGAAGAACGACUCGACUGUGUGAUUGUGCUGAGAGUCUUGACCAAGGAAGAGAUUCAGAAGCUCGCUGAUCGAACAGCGAGCAUCAGAGACUCCCGCCAUGAAGAAGACCGCGCCGAACGCAAGUCCUCCCGCCGCACCCGCGACCGCCGUGAUCGAGACGAGUACGAAGACCCCAACUCCGAGGAUGAGUUCAAAGCGAAGACACCCAAGAUGCUGGAAGGUCCAUCAACUGGCGGAAGCGCGGCGAGUACAGUCGGAGGAGCGAGUGAUGCGGACUUCCGAGAGAGGAGGAGGGAGCGGGAUAGGGAACGUGAGAGGGAGAGAGAGCCGGAAUAUGCGCUGCCCGGCUCGAUGCCUGGAGGAUGGGACCGGGACCGGGAGAGGAGUAAGAGGGACGAUGGGUAUUGAGGGGUGGGUGCAUUGUUACGAAAGCUUAGCGCUGUGGUAAUCAAUCAUGAGGUUUUCUG